AUGGGGCUAUAGACUCAGCUAGACACGCCCCUAUGUGAUUUCACGGAAUCCCGCCCUCUUUGUGGUCACAUGGCAGUGACAUCACGACCUUCUAAAAGCCACCUUCCAUUCUAGCUUGUACUCUAUCCAGCCGGCCGAAGUUGCAGCCAGAGAUUCGUCAGUAUGACCCACCAGCUGCUGCCCCGUGCACUUGUCUCCCCACGGUGGCUCUGGGAUACCUUGCGUAGUGGCUCUGCCCUCUCAGGAACUCUUCGUGUCUUGGAUGCCUCCUGGCACCUCCCCAAAUCAGGAAGAGAUGGAUGGCGGGAGUACAAGGAGAGACAUAUCCCUGGCUCCUACUUCUUCGACAUUGAUGCAUGCAGUGACCGCACUUCCCCAUACGACCAUAUGCUUCCCACUGCCGACCAGUUUUCUGAAUAUACAGGACGACUAGGAAUCUCCAAUAACAACCACAUCGUUGUCUACGAUGCUAGUGACUUUGGCUCCUAUAGUGCCCCUCGUGUCUGGUGGAUGUUUAGGAUCUUCGGCCAUCCCCAGGUGUCUGUAUUAGAUGGAGGUCUGAAAGCCUGGCUAAAAGAAGGACAUGCCAUCAACUCAGGAAAGGAGCCUCGACCACAGCCUGCAGAGUUUCGUACACAGUUCAACUCCUCUCUAGUUGUGGGACAUGAGGACAUGGUGGAGAAUAUUGAGAAGAAGAUAUUUCAAAUGGUAGAUGCCAGAGUGGAAGGGAGAUUCAGAGGCUUAGAGCCGGAGCCCCGAGAAGGUAUUGAACCUGGCCAUAUAUCUGGCGCAAUGAAUGUCCCGUUUCCCAGCUUUUUGACAGCGGAAGGAUAUGAAAAGUCUCCCGAUGAGAUCCGUCGUUUGUUCCAUGAAAAGGGUGUUGAUCUCUCCAAGCCAAUGGUGGCUACUUGUGGUUCCGGUGUCACUGCUUGCCACGUUGCCCUGGCGGCCUUCCUUUGUGGCAAAGAAGACGUUUCCAUCUAUGAUGGCUCAUGGGUUCAGUGGUACAUGCGUGCUAAGCCUGAGGAUGUCAUCUCAGAAGGUAGAGGGAAGACCUUGUGAGGUCAUGGGAAUUCAGAAUCAGAAUUGCAUUCCCAACUAUGAUAUUGACUCUAUGACUUGGCUGUACCAGGUUACCUGCAAAGCAAAUAUACUGUUUAUUAAGUUCACACUCACUGUUAGUUCAACUUCUGUAUCUGGCUAACUGUUAUGAUCAAAAAGUUGCCUGGCCAAGCCAUGCCAAUCUAGUCAGUGCCUUAUUUUUCUGGGUCUUGUCGAGAGGUGUCAUUCAUAAUUAGUAUAAAUGGAUUCUCGAGUGGGGGUGAUAGUAAAGUACAAGGUUUUGGUUGUAGAGUAAAGGAUCUGCAAUCUUUUUUGAAUGCAACAAUAGUUCUCUGUUAUUGUUGCUUUAGUGAGGACUGCGGUCAUGUGUUGCUCAUAUGGAAACAAUGAAAAUUAUUUAAAGCGGACCUCUCACCCAGACAUAAAAAGCUGUACAAUAAAAGUCCUUUUCACUAAACAUGAAAUCCAAAUUCUUUUGUUAUUAAAGCAUUCAUAGCUGUUGUAAACUCAUUUAGAAAUCUCAGCUGUCAAUCAAAUAUUGCCUUAGGUAUAGAGGCGGGGCAGCCAAUUACUUUCACUUUCCAUUCAGCACUUUCUAGAUGUCACUGCCCUCCUCACAUGCCCCCGUUCUCUUUACCAUUUAAUUGUGUAGCCAGUUCUUGGGAAUGGACAUCAGGUCCCCCAUUCUGGUGCACAAACAAGAUUCUGAGAUGAUACAAGGCUUGCCUUAAUAACAGUGUCCACAAAAUGGCUCCUGCAUGCUUGCUAUAAUUAUGAAUUCCCAGACUGAAGGAAACAAAAUUCAAAUAAAUUAUAUAGUACAGGUAUGGGACCUGUUAUCCAGAAUGCUCCAUAAUUGGGUCUUCAUGCCUUAAGUCUACUAGAAAUUAAUUUAAACAUUAAAUAAACCCAAUAGGUUGGCUUUGCUUCCAAUAUGGAUUAAUUAUAUCUUAGUUUGGAUCAAGUACAAUGUACUGUUUUAUAAUUACAGAGAAAAAGGAAAUCAUUUUUAAAAAUUUGGAUUAUUUGGAUAAAAUGGAGUCUAUGGGAGACAGCUGUUCCAUAAUUCGGAGCUUUCUGGAUAUCGGGUUUCUGGAUAAGGGAUCCUAUACCUGUAUAAUUAAUGUCCAUUUUGCUUGACUAACAUGAUAAAAUAGGAUUUGGAAUAAUGUUUUCGAAUGACAGGUCCCCUUUAACUGAUUCGAUUUCGGGAGUAGUUCUCAUUCGUUUCAUACCGUUUUUUCUUUGUGUAGGACUUUAGAAACUAAUUAUUGGGAGGAAAAGUAUUAUUAGAUGUGUUUAUUUCCUAUUUGGGAUAGUCACCGGUAAUUUUAUUUAAAGAAUGGUGUUCAGGUUCUGAAAUGAAACACUCUUUAGCUAACGGUUAGCAUUCUGGUUCUGCCUCAGAACUGUUUAAACCAUAAAACGGCCAAACCAAUGUUUUUCUUUUUUCAAUAUCAAAUUAUUCACGAGGGAGACUGUAUUUGAAGUCAACGGUGGGGUGGGGGGUUCUGCUAAAGUUGAAUUCUAAACAAUUUCUGCUGCACAAAACACAGUAAGUUGGUUAAUUUUGUAUGAAGUUGUGGGAAGCCGGCACUUUUAAAGGACAUUGCAAUCAACAUUAUCAUUAUUCUCUGUAAGCAAAUACUGUUUUUUUUUUUUUUUAACGAACACAUUAAAAAGAAAGCUUUACAACUAA